CACUGCACUGCACUGCACUGCACUGCACUGCGCGGCACCGACGACAAUUCUCUCCUCCAUUUCUCAUCGCGGCCAACUACCCUUCACUCUGCCGUUUCGACACCCAACUUCAUCCCCUCGCACAUUGCUCAUUGCUGCGAACCUGCCAGCAAGCAGCCCCAAUUCGAGACGACCGCUCAUUGCAAAAGGAAGGGGGUAACGACCCAAGACAAAAUCCAUAUACACGCUCGCCGCUCUCAUUCGAUUCCCAACUACGAGCCAGCCAGAACCUGAGAAAGACAAGUCAUCCACUCGUUUCGAGCCAGAGAGACGGGACAUCCUCGCCCUCGAGCGUUUGUGCCAGCUUUGGGCUGAUUGUGCCUCUUCGUCUGACAAUACCAUCCAUCCACCUCCACAUCCCCCCAUCCACCUCGUCCAGAACAAGAGCGAAGCCACACUCACAGCACGACUCCCUGCAGUCGUGAGUGAAUGGAGGGCCAGUCUUCUUCUGGUAAUUCUCAGUAUCAAUAUCAGGCUACUCAGUGGUCGCGUCUCGUCCGGCGCAACACUCUCGCUGCUGCUGCUGUUCCCAGCUCCUCUCCGCCCCCGCCUAGCAUUGCUGUAACCUCUCAGCUCCCUCCGCCACUGGAUCUGAUUCCUAUCCUUCUGCCUCAACAACCCUCAUACCACCAAGCCCAACUUGAUCAUUACAAUCGGCUCAUCACUGCUGGAAGAACAUCGCGUCUUCAGUCUUCGCCACUCCCCCCCUUGCUUUCUCCACAACACAUUCAGGCUGUGCCUGGACAACGAUCCAGCUCAGGUGGCAGCACCACGGCAAGAACAAACAAUUCAGCUGGGCGGGGUGGUCAUGGGAAUAAGGAGGCACGAAAAUCCAGUAAAGGAGAGCGCGCGCUCAUAACAGAGAAGGACAAAGCAGUCAAGAUGCCGGGCAAGAAAGCGGAGCUAAAUCAACUCCCAAUACGACCUCACGCACAGCAUAACAAUACCAACUUCUCGCAACAAUCAAGUUCGGUCCCCUCGACACCGCAUCAGCAUGCCAGGAAAUUUUCAUACGAAUCCCGAGAACCAUCCCCGAACGCGACGAAUAACCACUCGCCGCGUUCUGCAUAUUCGGAAUCGAAUAUACCCCUCCCACCAAAACCCCAUCCGGCGAAACGAGGAGGUUGUAAGUAUGAGACGGCUAUGGCGAACACUAGGCGGCGGAUACCUUACAGCGUAGGAGACAAGAAGCUGGAGAAGCUCGAUCAAUCUAAGAUCAAGAGCAGGCUGUCAGAGGAAGAAGAAGCGAAAGUUUCGGCUGAUAUGAAAAAGAAGUACGAUGGGUUAUUACCGACUGCUAAGAGCGACAAGAAUCGGGAAACGCUCGUGCAGAAACUGGAAGACCUUUUCAAUGGGCAAUGGCCUGGGCAUGACAUACGAGUGCAUGUUUUUGGCUCUUCUGGUAACAUGCUUGCUACUGACGACUCCGACGUUGAUAUAUGUAUCACGACAGAGUGGAAAGAGAUGGAGGGAGUGUGUAUGGUUGCUGAGCUACUAGCGAAGAGUGAGCCGUGCCGAUCUGUCUCCAGAUGAUAACUAAUUAUGAUUAGGUGGGAUGGAGAAGGUCAUAUGUGUGCCAAAUGCCAAAGUACCAAUCGUCAAGAUAUGGGAUCCGGAAUUAUCUCUUGCGUGCGACAUGAACGUAAAUAAUCCUUUGGCUUUGGAGAACACGCGGAUGAUCAGGACAUAUCUUCAAAUCGACCCUCGAGUACGACCGCUUGCCAUGAUCAUCAAGUAUUGGACAAAGAAGAGAAUACUCAAUGAUGCGGCUUUCGGUUGUACGCUGAGCUCGUACACUUGGAUAUGCAUGAUUAUCUUCUUUCUUCAGACUCGCAAUCCCCCGAUACUUCCAGCACUACAUCAGCGGCCGCACAAUAAGCUCCCUCCUAAAAAUGGCGUAGAGAGCGCUUUCGCAGACGAUCUCGAAGCCCUGGCAGGAUUCGGGAGUAACAAUAAAGAAACUCUUGGGGAACUUCUGUUUCAAUUCUUCCGGUUCUAUGGUCAUGGAUUUGAUCUUGACAACGGAGUUGUUUCCGUGCGGCACGGCAGGCAAUUAACGAAAGCUGAAAAGAAGUGGAAUACGGGGUUCGGAAAUCGAUUAUGCGUUGAGGAGCCCUUCAACGUAGGCCGCAAUCUGGGGAACACGGCCGACGACAUCUCAUUUCGUGGAGUGCAUAUGGAGCUGAGGAGAGCGUUCGAUCUGAUUUCCGAAGGAAAGCUAGAAGAAUGUUGUGAGCAGUAUGUGUUUCCUCCUGAGGAAAAGCAAACCAAUACAUUUCAGAGGCCGACUCAGAAACCAAAACCAAUUCUGCGGAGUAGCUCACAGUCGAGUCGGGGCGGCGGAAGAGGGGGUGGCCAUCGAGGAGGAGGACGACACAACCAGCACAAUCGAAAUGGGAAUAGUAACCGGAGAGCGUCAAGUGGAGCAUUUGACCACAAUCUCGGGUACAUACCCGGCCUCCCACCAAAUCUGUCACAACAGGAAGCAUGGCUCCAGCGUCAAGCCCAGACGCAGCUACACAAUGAUCUGUUCGCCACAUACUCGGUCCUACAAGCGCAGGAAAACAGUCUUCGUCUUCAACUGUAUGCGCAGGGUCUGCAGAACCAAGCUUAUGCCCAGUCACAUGGACAAGCACAAGUUAAUGGUGCUCCGGCCAAACAGCAUGCUACAGAUCGAAAUCGAACCAGUUCGUUUGACCAACCGCCGCUGACAGCUCCGAUCCGUCCAGAUAUGUACUUUUAUCCCCUUCAGUACCCAGCAACUCCGGGUAUGUAUGGUUACCAGACCCCAACUACGAAUCCUUCCUCUCCUUCACUGAGCUCGGCCGUGCCAGAAAUGAGACGGAGUAUGCACCGAUCAACGGUGACCAAUGGUACCAGCCAAGGUGGUCAGUCGACCAGUGCAUUAAGAUCACAAUCCCAGCCAGCAUCCCGUUCUGGACCAGUGCCCCUUUCUAUAAGCGGGAACGGAAUGCAUCAUCCUGGUCUUGGAAUAUAUCAACAGCUGCGUCCCGUCAAUGGAAAUAUAAUUCCAAGUUUCAUCCCAGAUGAAAAUUCGGAAUCCGCUAUGGAAUCUAGUUACGGCUCGCUGCCCGCGUCCGAAGACCCGACACCCAAGGAGUAUGUUGGUUAUUACGUUAAUGAUCCAACGCAGUUCUGGAGAAGACAAGCGAAUGCACCAAUGCCAGUUCCUACGUUCGGCGACCUCGGUCAAUCCCGAGCCGGUUCACGCCGAUUGUCAGCGGAACAGCUACCUCAGUCAAUCCUAGAUCGACUCAAGAGGCCGUCACGAUCUCCAUCGCCCUUGGGACAUGACCGGUCAUUUUCAACAGGUGCUCCACUGCCAUCCUUCUCCUCUCAAAAUGGUGUUUCCAACACGAAUCUCAGAGCCUUGAAUAACCAAACACCUAUUGUUGUAAAUGGCUCGAACCCAGUGCCAUUGUCGAUCCCAAACUGGCAAGCUUCUAUCAGUGACGGCUCGAUCUCCGAGGAUCGAAGUAGCGAUAUCUUCGUCGGUUCCUUAGACUCAGUUUCGCAAGCAUCGAGAGCUGGAAGUGACGGACUUGGUGAUCAUGAUCUAUCUGGGCAGGUCACACCUCGAGAUACUCGACCAGAAAAUCGAACUCAGCCUCCUAUGGUUGUGAAUGGGUCUACACCGCUGCACAGUGAUGUGGGGAGUGCAUCUUCCAGUAUGACAUCCUCAAUCGAACAUGCUCCGCAGCCGGUCAACCCGAACGCUACUUUACUGCCCAUAGAUACGAACGGUCAGCUUCGGCUCUCACCGAAUUCUCGCAAUAAGUUGGCUCGGCAAAAUGGUGGGGUGUCUCCCCUUGACAUUGGUCUUGGCCUGGACUACAAUCGCGACGACUUGGCUCAUUUGUCUCCUGUCUAUGAAACACGAACCCCAUCGCCAACGGCAAACCGAAAGUUCGAGCCGGUUGAGAAGAAAUCGAACGGUGUACCACCAAAACCUACCCAGAAGACUGGACUGUCAAACGGCGUUGUACCUGUCCAACCCCCAGCGGUCUCAAAGCUAAAUGGGCACACUCGAGCUUCGAAGAGCGAAGGCGCCCCUGGCAAUUGGCAGAAAAUCCAAAAAUCCAAGAAGAAAGCUGGUAGCUCGGACAUGAAGAGUGGUGAUGGAGAGCCUCACGCCGAGAAGCUGCCAGUGCAUGUCAAUGAACGCAAGGGGGGCUAGAAGAACACAAGACGUCCACGCGAGGAUCCCAGGUUCGACUUGCGGAUGCCAAUUGGCAUUCGCCAAGUCGUGUCACGAUUGUAAAUGAGACGUGAUGGGACUGUCCCAGCUCCUUCACAUUCUUGGAUUUAGAACUUGGCUUGGAAUAGCCGUUUAUCCAGAAUGCGAGAGUUCUCGUCCCGUUUGUCCCACUCGGAUGCUCCAACGUUGUUUCCAUGUUAAUAGAAGGAGUGUGGUCCUGCUACUGAGGUCUCGUAGCUGAUUUUGUGUCGCCUAAGACUACAGAACCACCUGAAUUUGGCUUGGCCAAAGAGAUGUUCAUGAACUGGAAGAGCGUCGAAUAGGCUCACCGUGUCCGAAACUACUCCCACAUAUCAAAUGUCUGUGGUUUUACUUUGAUGCAUUUGCAAGCGCUCCAGGACGGGCUUCGUUUUCAAUUACUUUCCUGGUUUGUUUUACAUGUUGCGGGUUGCGAUGGGCAGGCCGCUUUGGUUUUGGCUUGGUUUGUCUCUUGAUAUACGUUGCAUGCGCUGGGGUUCUUUUUGGUUUGGCAUAUCAGCACUGGUUCAUCCCCCUUCCUGUUUACUAUUUUUGUUGUUGCCUAUGGGAUACGACUGGGUCGGCUCUGAGCGGGCAUAUAAGCCUUUGGUCACGGAGAGAUGUUACGAGAUCGAUGCUGCGACGACGACGAAGAAGUAGAAGAAGAUAAAAGACGGUGCGGUGGGGUGUCAAAGAUAUUGAUCGUGCGGACGCGACUUUGUAUGUUUUUAUAGAUCAGCGUUGGGCCGGGGCCACCUUCGGGAAGACAAAAAGGCUUUUCAUUUUUUUCAUCACCAUAUCUUUGGAUGAUGGGUACCAGAGCGAAUGGGAGCGAGCAUGAGAGAGCUAUGAUGAGCUUGGUGAGAUUCAAGGGGCGAAAAUACAGAUAGAUACCUUGACGGCUUGGAUGGCCUGUCUGAUAUACCAGUGGAUGAAAAGACAAAAAAUGAAAAUACUAAA